GUCGCUCCUCGUCUACCACCAAACACACUGCAAGAGCUACCAGUGCUAGUGGGGGGAGAGAGAGAGAGAGAGAAGGUCAGGAAAGAAAAAAAAAAAGGCUCCAAUAUUAUCUUUAUCUAUAUAGCCAGCCAUCCUAUUCGAGUGGUUUUGGUUUUACGCCGAUACAUUCGAAAUCAAACAAACCAGGAACCAGAUGAGCUGCGAGAAAGAGUCCGAAGCUCUUUGCAUUACUAUAUAGUUUCUUUCGAGGUUCAAUAUAUAUAUUUUUAUAUAUUUUGGUAAUUAGGUUCAGGAUCUAGUUUCGGCCAUGGCCUUUUCUUGAGUUUGGCAGAAUCGAAGUCAGCCAGGUCUUGUAGUAUAGUUUUGGGUAGCAUCCAAAAGAAUUUAUGUUGAUUUGGCUUUUGCUUCUGGAGCCCCUUUGUUUUCUUGCUCGUACUGUCUGAUACCGUUGAAAGUUUGCUGUUCGCUUCUGCUUCCCUGACCCUUCCCCUUUUAUUUCCACUAUGCAAAUGCUAUCUGGCGACCCCUUUUCCUUAUCCUCUUCCAUCGGCGGGUUUGCUUCCGCACCGAACCCAAACCCUAACCCUAAACUUAACCCCCCUCCCCUCCCUAAGAAGAAGAGGAAUCUACCGGGAACACCAGAUCCAGAUGCGGAGGUCAUCGCUCUCUCACCCAAGUCUCUCAUGGCUACCAAUCGAUUCAUCUGUGAAAUAUGCAACAAAGGGUUCCAGAGAGACCAAAACCUGCAGCUUCACCGAAGAGGACACAACCUCCCAUGGAAGCUGCGACAGAGGUCGAACAAGGAGGUUCGGAAGAAGGUGUACAUAUGCCCAGAGACGACAUGCGUACACCAUGACCCCUCCAGAGCAUUGGGGGACCUCACCGGGAUAAAGAAGCAUUUCAGCAGAAAACACGGGGAGAAGAAGUGGAAGUGCGACAAGUGUUCGAAGAAAUACGCAGUCCAGUCCGAUUGGAAAGCUCACACCAAAACUUGUGGUACUAGAGAAUAUAAGUGCGACUGUGGUACCCUCUUCUCUAGGAAGGAUAGUUUCAUCACCCACCGAGCUUUCUGCGAUGCCUUGACAGAAGAGAGUGCGAGGCUCACCUCAGUUGGCACGUCAGAUUUAAAUUUUAAAAACGAAGACAGCGUGAUGAACUCUAACUCUCAGCUUAGCUCGGCACAUGGAUUUGGCAUUUCUCAAUUUGGUGCAAAUGGAUUUCGCUCAGAAUUUGAUGGGAUGGGCAUGAGUAUGGGUGGUGCAGACCAGCAGAUGAGGCCAAGCUUGUCACUGUGGUUGAACCAGCUGGGAAAUCAUCGCAUCAAUAAUCCGCUAGAUGUUGGACCUAAUUCUGGCCUUUAUGUGUCAUCUUCAAGUUCUUCAGGUUUGCCCGAGAUCAACAUGCAAAUUCCUCAACCCAAUAAUACCUUUGCUCCCUCUUCUUUGUCCAAUUAUUCCCCAUCUUCACUUCCUAUUGGGAAAAAAGGAGAAAGCAGUGGAACCGCAAACUUAGUACCCAUUUAUAAUUCAGACCCUCGAAACAAUCAAUCAAAGCCAGCUUCUCCCAUGUCAGCCACUGCACUUCUACAGAAAGCGGCUCAGAUGGGUUCAGCCAGAAGCAGCAACUCCUCCAUCUUUAGCGGCAGUUUUGGAGUCAUGAGCUCUUCUUCUUCCCAGACUACGGCAAGUCUCGAAAAUAAUGCCGACCCAAACCGUAACAACGAGCUGAACCAAAUGUAUCAGAGUACGAAGCAAUCAGAGAAUUUUCGUUCAAGCAGCAGUGGUGUCGGCGUGUUGGGAGUAAGCAAUAACUUCAGCUCAUUGACGCAUUCAUCGAACAGUGGUCUUGAUGAACUUGUGUCGCAAUCCCAUGGAAGGCAAAUUAAUAAACAAGUGCCAUUGAAGCUGCAUCCUGAUUCAAACCCCGGGGAACAUGGUUACACCAGAGAUUUUCUUGGAAUGAGCGCUGCAGGAGGAGCUGGCUCUCCUUUCCUUCCCCAGGAGCUCGCCAAGUAUGCUUCCAUGGCCUCAUCCAUGGGUAUGUCUCAAUUCACGAGUAGCACUACUCAAUAAGUUAAGCUAGCUUUUCAAGUGCUCAUGUGCCAUGAUAUACAUGAGCUUAUGCAAUAUGAUUCAACCCGAAGUAAGGCGACGAGCUAGAAGUUAGAACGAGUUAAUUAAUGUCAGGUGGGUGAACGAUGGAGUUCGCGAGAAGUCAGAAUUUAAAGUGAGGUCCCACCACUGCAUGUCAAGAGUUGCGAUCAGUCAUGCAUGUUCUCCAUGUUGCUUUGCUUCUGUCUUAGCAUUGUUAUCGUUUUUGGUUUCUCUUCCUAGACAGAAAUCCAAGGAUGAAUAAAGUAAAAUUGUCAUUCA